AUGGCGACGCGUCGCCUCCCGUCGUCGUCCCUCCCGCUGCUGCUGCUCCUUGCGGCGGCGGCGGCGGCAGGCGCGCUUGGCGGCAACUCCCCCGAGGCCGACACGGACCCGAACAUGGUGCCGCGCUCCGGCCGGAGCCUGCAGCAGCUGCCGCAGCCGGACCCGAACCCACAGCCGCAGCCCGGGGGGAACCCGCCGCCGCAGCCGCAGCCGCAGCCCGGGCCGCAGCCAGACCCAACAGCCCCACAGCCGCAGCCCUUGCCGCAGCCGGACCCAGGCCAGCAGCAGCCACAGCCCGGGACGCAGCCGGCUCAGAAUCCGCAGGCGCAGCCGGACCAGCUGCUCCCGAGCGGCGGCGGGUCGAGGAUGAUGCUGGUGAACCUGCAAGACUCCAUGUGCAUACUUCUCCCAAGUCUUGGCUAUCUGUUAGUGUAA